UGAGCAGAGCAUGGUGGAGAGCAGAGCGGCAGGACGGGGUGUUGCUGCUGGGCUUUGGCCAGGACACUCAGAUGAGCCAAACACUUCGGACUGAACAUUUGACUCCUCAAAGUGAAGAUAUGUUUGAUAACUCUCACUACCCCUUCAACUGUUUCAACUACGAUGGGGACGGAUAUCCUUCUUCCAGCACUGACGAAGAGAAAAAAAUAUGUAGACCUGCUUACAGCUACAUAGCUUUGAUCGCCAUGGCCAUCCAGCAGAGCCCCGAGCAGCGGGUCACUCUGUCGGGCAUCUACGAGUUCAUCAUGAAGAGGUUCCCUUACUACCGGUCCAACCAGAGAGCCUGGCAGAACUCCAUCAGACACAACCUGUCUCUAAACAGCUGCUUCAUCAAGGUUCCUCGGACCGAGGGCAAUGAGAAGGGAAAGGGAAACUACUGGACCUUUGCUACUGGUUGUGAAUCUAUGCUUGAUCUGUUUGAAAAUGGCAACUUUCGACGUCGCCGACGCCGGAGGAACAUGAAAAUUGGUCUCCGUGAUUCUGCAGAGACCUCUUUUCACCCCAUGGAGAGCCAUAGUAAUCAGCAAGCACCCUCUGUUCGUCGUCCUGACCUCAACUCCACCCUCUGUCCUCUGAAUCCUGAGAGGCCGAGGCCCGGUUCCCAACAAAACCACCUCAUCCCUAACCCCAACCAGCAGGAAAAACCAGAGUCAGAGAUAAAGUUUAGCAUUGACUACAUCCUUUCCACUCCUGAUCCACCUAUUCCUGGGUUCAGGUCCUCUCAGGGCCCUGUACAUAUAGUGCCCACAGGGCCACCUAUUCAUGUUCUCGAGCCCCAACACCUCAACCUGCACUUCUGGACUCUUUAAAAAGACAGAAUGCAUUCCUUCGUGGGUCCAAAACUGAGAACUAAAAGGACAUCCAAAGACAAGAACACCACGGGAAUUUAUCAAACUUGAAAAUGUAGAUAAGGAAACACAGAGGUACAGUAUACUGGAUUUGAGAUGGAAAAACUGCUUCAAAACAAAGCGUCUGUACAG